AUUAAAAUAGGAUAAUGGUAAGGAAAUCAAAAGAGUUCGUCUUCUUAGUGGCAAAUAGACGAAGCCAACGAUGGAAGUAACAAAUAAGCUAAGCCAUCUUGACGAUGGAAAAAACCAAUUGGCUCAUCAGUCGGUGGUGCCGCAAGCCCGUAAUCGAGUUCCUCGUCAGAAUCAAACUCCUCACCCAAAUCAGUGUCCUCACCACUAGAGUCAAGAUCCUCUGCAGCCGAAUCGGCGUUCGUGCACCAGAUCAUGCUGCUCCUCACCCGAAUCGGCUUCCUAUCCACCGGAUCAAGCCGGUCCUCGCCCAAAUCAGCCUUCUCCCCCGCAUCUGCCUCCUUCACCGCUGGUCCCCCUCCUACUGCCUCCGCCGUGGCCACCUCCCAGGUAACUAGAUUGAGAUUGGGGCUUAGGGAAGAAAUCGGACUGAAAGCGUCGCGGAUGGCCUGCAUGGUGGUUGAGCUUAAGCCCGUUACAGAUGAGCUGGAGGUCGAGCUUGAUGUCCCACGACGCCAAUCCCUUCUUUGUGAUGGUGCCACGGAAAACCUCCUGGCGGACCCUAGCCGUCGGCCGCUCAUGGCCCCUCCGUCACCUCGCCCUCCACCAACCAUCGUCCACCUAGUCGCCAGCGUCCAUGAAGCCAAAGUCCGGGAGCGUUAGCAGUGCCAUCUUCCUUGUGGAUGGCGCAUUAAGGGCAGCGAUGAUUGAGGGCGUCACUGCAUCGGUGGUGUCUGACAGAAGAAGGUGUAGGCCGACGCGAUCUGCUUGGCCAUCUGUGUCGUUGGGGACGGGCGCUCCAGCCUGGCCAUGUCGGUCCGCAGGCUCCUGAGCACCUCCUCUCGAGCGCGUGUUUUGUCUGGCGUGCUAUUGUUAGUGUGUUAGUAGUACUAAUCACCGUAUUAGGCAGGCUGGUAUGUGGGUUUGUUGGAACCUGCCAAAUAUCAACGGGAAGUUUAAGCUGGCUUGCGGCAGCCGCUUCUUCCUGCCGGACAGAGCGAAACGUGGGGCGGGAAGCCAACCCGCCUCACUUGUGAUCUUCUGUAAAAAAACCCCAUUCAUUGAUUGCAAAUGCCGCAGGUGUAUUUGAUAGACCUUUACAGCAUCUUAACGGGUAACAAUAGCUU